AUGGGUUUCAUUCAAGUGCCUUCCUUUUCGCUGAGGUAUCAGGGUAAUGGGCGAAUCGAAGACGUUCACCUGUUCAUGAGAUGCUUGUAUCAAAUAUGGUAUUUCAGAGGGCCCUGGGGCUGCUGUCUGGCCUCAUGCGUAGAUUUUCUCAACAGUGUGGUUUUAUUCUGUGCGAUCUUUUUUCUUGCUUUGAUGUUUGACUGGUCUGCCGCGCUCAACUGUGACGAGGUGAGCUGCGGGAACGUUACCUUGGUGCAUGGCAUUCACCUGCCAACUAUUUUGGGGACGAAUCACAUGGUGCUAGCCUUUGUUUUGCUAUUAUCCUCGUUUAUGGCUGCCUGCUACGAGUUUUUAAAGUUUGUGGAAACGUGUAGCCUGCAGAGUGAGCUUAACGGUAUGCUAUGUGGAUUUGUUAACUGUGGUUACAUCACGCCAGUUCAUCGUUUUCUUCAUAUGUGUCGAGCCAUGCGUGCACGCGCGCACGGACAUGAGGAAAUGCACCUCACUGGCGAGCCCAAAUUUAUAGGUGAUUUGAGUUGGGGAAGCUUCUUGGAUCUUGUUUGUGAGCGGAUACAAAAGGAUCGGGCAUUUGGUGUUGUGGCAUACAAGGAGUUUGACAGUCUUCGAGCGGUUCAGGCACUUAUGGUGUAUGACAACUACUUUAUUGCUCUCCACCAGCAUGGUAUCCUUGAGAGGGGUACAUUGAAGUAUGUGGAUAACGAUCUUCUUAAGAUCCUUAUUUGUGGACUGUUUGACGAAUUCAAUACACUGAAAACUGGAAAGAACCAGGUUUCACUGGUUCGGUGGCAAGUUCUCAAGUAUCUUGCCUUUUACGUUUUGCUAUAUCCCUUUGUUGUGACACUUUCUCUUCUGCGUGUGCUUGUCAAAAAUGCUGCUGUCAUGCGUUCUGAUUGGGGAAAUUACAUGACAAGGGACUGGAGUAAUCACGCACAGUGGACCUUUCGCCUGUAUAAUGAGGUUCCGCAUAUUCUUUCCGCGCGAUUAUCCAUGGGGAGAAUGAUAGCGGUAGAUAUGGUAUUGAAGUUACAGUCAUAUUCUAGCACUGAGCGUUUUAUUCGCAGGACGGCCUCUACGAUCGUUUUUGUCACUGUGGUACUGUCAUUUUUGAAUGCGCCACUUUUUAUUUCUGGAUCUGUUGGUGGCAUUCCCUUUGUCUGGUGGCUCUCUAUUGCACUUGUGGCCUUCACUAUUUGUGCAGAGAAAGUUCCUGUGCAGCGGGAGUAUAAUUAUCAGGCGGAUCUAAAUAGACUCAUUCUGCAGCUGCACUACUGGAAAGACGAAUGGUUUUACUCGGGGGAAAAAUUUUACACUGCACUGACGAGAGAUUUUUUGAAGAGCCGUUUUUUUGUGAUUAUUGAGGAUUUGGCGCACACUUUCUUUAUGCCGAUAAUCCUUCUUGGGGUGUUGUUUGACGGAAGCAUAAGUGAACUCGUAGAUGUUGUUUUUAACGAGUCUGUGAGUGUGGACGGACUGGGUUCUGUUUCAAAGGGAUCUGCCUUUGAAUUACUCUGUGGCGAUGAUGGGGACGACAACGUGACUGCGUCGUAUUUCAACGAGAAGUCUUCCAAGUCCAUUGCGAGUUUCUCCUCCAUUUACGCGGGUUGGUCGGCCAAACGUUUACAGGCGGCGGCGGAGACGGAGAUGACAGAAACGACGGAGUCAGGCGUCUUUUCCAGAAAGGCUCUUGACACCUUAGUGAGAAAUUUGCAUGAGGAGAUAAAUGCGCAGAAACACACUGAACAACCACGGGACACCGCUCAAAAUUUUGUUGGUGCUCCUACUGAUUCUGUGCAUGAAGGAUUUUUUCAAUCGAAAUUAUGGGAGCAAAGUAAUGCUCACGAAAGGGAGCAGCUGUUUGUCUCACAGGUGAUGAGCUCGCAUCUUGCUGAGUCUUCGUUUCCGGGUCAACCAUCUUCUCCAUUUUCUUCGCGCAGGAUGAUCAGAGAAGGUGUGCCACACGAUUCGGCUCUGUUUCAUACGGUGACAUCGUUGGAAAGACCGGAUUAUCGGAGUUCAGGCAUCUAG